CAAAAUGUCAUCUUCUUCUCUUCUUUAUAUAGAAUCGCAACUAAUGCACACCGAAAAAUCGAAGAAGAAGGAGAGAAACAACAAUGCUUUAGGGUUUCUGAAAAAACUCCACAUUUCUCUACAAACAACAAAGCCCUAGUUCAAAGGGGCCUCCGUUUUGUGGAGAUUAUAUCUGUGGUAUUUUCUUUAAUUUUCAAUUCUUUCUGAGAAUUCGUCGCAAUUGUUGUUAACCAUGUCGGGUCAAACCAACCCGGAAUUCACCCAAAAAGAUCAAGAUGUAAACGAAGAAUUACAAGACCUUGAAUUCACAAAACGAGGUUGUUGUUUCUGGUUUCCAUGUGGUCGACCCGUUUGGGAACGGGUUUCUACGAGCGAUCAAAAGGAAGAACAACAUUGGUGGGAUAAAGGUUUAAACGCCGUUAUGAAAGUUAGAGAAUGGUCUGAACUUGUUGCUGGUCCAAAAUGGAAGACAUUUAUUCGUCGAUUCAAUAAAAACCGUUCCAAGACGAAUAAAUUCAAUUACGACCCGUUAAGUUAUUCCUUGAAUUUCGAUGAUGGACCAGGGGUAACUGAUCAAUCUGAAGAUGAUCGUUUAUUCCGUGAUUUCUCGUCGAGAUUUGCGUCAAUUCCGGUUUCUGCUAAGAGUUCAAUGGAUUUGGGUAAGGACCCACCAUCCUUUUUGUGAAUUAGGGGAGAUUAAUAGAGCGGCGAAUUAUGAAAGAGAAUGCCAUGAUGUGGAAUCGGACAAGUGGCAACGAUAACACAAAUGGGGUCUGAAAAGGGUACGAUGUUAUUGAGUGGAUUCUGUUAUUGCUGCAACGUUUGUGACGGUGAUGAAACAGGUGGUUUUGAUUCUCUGACAUGAAGUUGGUCGGUUGAUUGAUUUGGGUAAAAAAUUGAUUUGUCUUUGUUUUCCUAGUAUUUCUUUGUUUUUUAUUCGGUUGAUUAGUUAAUUUGCUGCAGGGAGUAUUAUUCAAUUGAAUUCUUUAAUUGGAAAAUGUUACUACCAACUUUGUUUGUAUACAUACAGUUUGAUAAUUCACAAAGGUGCUUUCAGUUU